UCCGGCGAGGAGCACCACGUCUUUGUCAUCGGCGACUGGGGCGGGAUCAUGAAGGACGGGCAGCCGCCAGUCCCCGCUGAUCACCGCGCGCCCGGGUUCAAACACGAGAGGGAGUUCGUGGAUGGCGUCGACGACUGCGCCCAGCAGAGAGUGGCGGAGCAGAUGAAGGCGAGGGCCGGCGAGAAGAACCCCGACUACGUGAUCAACCUGGCAGACAACUUCUACUGGGCCGGCAUUGACACGCAGUGCGGGGGGCCGUGCUACGAGUUCGCAGACGACACGGGCCAGUGGGCCCAGGGCUUCGAGAACGUGUACAACGGCCCAGGACUGGAUGGCAAGCAGUGGUUGGGCGUCCUUGGGAAUCACGACUACGGCGGCUGGAUGUUCAACAAGGGCUGGGACCGUAUUGUCGCUUACACCUGGGCGUCUGACCGGUGGAUGACGCCUGCUUUGUAUUGGGCUGCGAAAGUAAAUUACGGGGACUUCACGGUGGACUAUCGGUGUGUCGGAUUUCUUCACAGAUUCCAACGUCUGGGACACGUGGGAACCAGACUCUGAUGAAGAGGCCUCGCACAACAUCUGCGGCAGGAAGCACAACGAGGAGGGUGCGUCCUGUGGACCGCAGGGUCCCGAGUCGUUGGAAGCUUGCCCUGGCUGGUUUAAGAAUUUGUGGUCGCAGCAGUGGGAGUGGCUCGAAAAGGAGUUGCCCCUAUCCGACGCGGACUGGAAGGUUGUGGUCACACAUUUCCCUCCGAUCAUCCCGAAGUGGGGCAGCGACGACUGGGCGGGGCUCGCCAAUGCUCACGGUAUCGACCUAUUCAUCUCAAGCCACAUACACCAACAGCAAGUGAUCCCCCCGAACGCGCCCGGCAACCUGCUAGGCGGGGCCGCCAUCAUCAUCUCGGGCGGUGGAGGCGGCGUGACUUCCGAAGAUCCACCAAACCCUGGUGGAGACGACGACCAGUACGGCUUCUUUGAUAUUACGUUCUCUGCGUCUGAGAUCUCGAUAGAUGCCAUCACGCACGGUGGACAGGUCAGGGGUACCACCAAGAUCUUUCCCAGGCGAAGGAGGCUCGGCGCACAGAGCGAAAUGGUCAUCUGAGCUGCCCUUGACUUGCCUGGCCCAAUAGAGGCAAUGGCGGGCAGGCCUGCCAUGCGAAAUCAUGCGUGUGGAGGGAAGGGGGAGGGUCGGGGGCGGAGGGGCCUGGGGAGUGCUUCCGCAGUUCCGCAUCGGGCUUGUGCCGCACUCAGACCCCAAUCACUUGCCAUGAGGACAUUCACUGGACAUGUAUAGGUCCUGUGUCUUGAUUGCCUGUCGGCCGGAGCCUCGAGGCAGCACACGUCUCGCGAAGGCCACACGGAGUGCAAGCAUUAGACAGAGGUCCGACCCGUUCGUGCCCUGGGAAUGAAGGCGUGCCGGCAGGUUUGUGUAGCAGCGCCCAUCCGCUGGCAAAGCACAUCGGGUGAUCGCGCGUACACGUUGUCGCAGCACGAGAGGUUGCCGUGCGAAUGCGUCAAAUUCUGCAGGAUGGCGGCCACUGAACUCUUGCGACGUCCGCGGGUCUCUCGGCACGAGCCAGAAGUUGGUUCCAUUUGUUUCCUCCCGGGCCCCCUCUUCGUGUUCAUACACGUGCCCAUACCGAUACCCAUGCCGAUGCUUAUCUAUUUGGCAUGCGCAUCCCCAUAUGUACCCAUGCUCUGAUGUUUGUAUGCAUUUCCUUUCUCCUACCAAAGUGCACGGGCAGCCUUCCUCCA